AUGCCGCCCCCCGUGGCCGACUUGUCUGAUGACGAAUCGUCAACUGGCGAAUCUAUUCCUUAUGAGGAGGUUGAGGAUGUAGAUGAGGAGGGCGAUGACGAGGAAGAGGAUGUGUACGUUGUCGAGAAGAUCGUGGGACAUAACUUCAAAUCUGACGGCACCCUCAUGCUCCGAGUGAAAUGGCAAGGAUACAGUGACCCCAAAGACCAGACGCUGGAACCGGAGGAGAACCUGCUCGAAGGCGCAAAGGAUGUGCUUGAUGAGUACUUCAAGGGUCUCGGAGGACGACCGGAGAAACCAGAGCCCAAGAAGCGCAAGUCUAUGGGACGGCCACCGAAAUCAACCCUCGAGAAGCUGGAGCCCCGAAAGCGCAGAAGGUCGCGAGCGGACACCGAAACUGAUGCCAUUGAGGACAAAGAGAAAGAGAAAGACAGUCAAGUGCCCGACUGGGUACCGAAGUCAAAGAGCUGGGAGAACGAGGUCAAGGCAGUGGAUACCAUUGUUCGCGAACGUGAUGGGCUGGUAGCAUUCUUGCACUGGAACAAUGACAAGAAAUCCAAGGUCUCUAUCGAAAUGUGUUAUGAAAAAUGCCCCCGCAAAGUGAGUGUAUCCCAUGCCUCGUUUGACCAAUGCUAA